AUGGAGGGCUACGGCAACAAUGAACGCUUCCCCCGCGGUUUAAACCCUCUCCCUUCUUCGACUCCCACGCAGGUGAAAGGCGACAGCGAACUGCCACCACCCUCCCAUGCACAAGCCAAUCCUGGUGCGUCAGGCCAGUUGACCGGGGAGCCGUCAGGAGCAGAUUUUUCGAGAGCUGCGGUUAGAAGAAGAGCAACAGAAUCACGUUGCAAAGAGGCGUCUGGAGCGUCAACAGCGGCAGGUGGUGCAAUUCAUGCAUCCAGUGUGAACAUUGGGGAACAGAGGCGUCUGGAGCGUCAACAGCGGCAGGUGGUGCAAUUCAGAUUGCAUAGUGACAAGAUCACCAAAGUUUCAAGAAGCCCGUCAAAUGCUGUACGUGGUCCGUCUCCGCCGGAUGGACCAGCUGGCUCGGUGAUCCCCUCAGAAGCACAUAAAUAUUCUGCCCCAGAUGCCUCUGCAGAUCCAGACCUCUCGCAUCUUCAAAAACGUCGCACAUGGGUACUGCUGCAACACCUUGUGGAUCAGCUGGAGAAGGACGGGCGACCUGAUGAUCUUCUCCAACGUCCAGAACUCCUGCAGAAGCUGUUGCGUGUCGUUAUGCCGCUAGUUCCCCUUAGAGAUGCUCUCGGAAAGUUUGCUGCCGACAGCAGAACGACAAACACCGCUGGUCUGCAAGGCCCCGUCGAUGAGAGGGAUUACUCCCCCAACCGCAUGGCCCAACGGCCUUCCGCAAGGCCUGUUUCUACCGCAUGCUUCCGGUCAAUGCAUGCAAAUGCUCCAACACGCAGUGCAGAGAAUCGUUUGCGCCCGGCUUUGCACCACAACUCACGGGCAAGCCCAACGAGGACACUUUCCGCCUCUGCAUCUCGGGGAGUGGUGCAGGCGCCGAGGGGAUGGAGCGAGGAUAAUCCUGUAGCUUCGCGACCAGGUGUACAGUACCCUGGCUUCCCUAUCGAUGCAUCCCGAAAUGCGUUUAAUGGCUCGUCGAAGGAUCGCGAUUCUAGGCGCGCUCCCUCUACAAGAGUCCGCGCUGUUCCGAAACGUGAUGUGGGAAAUUCUGCUGAACCGGGAGGACUCGUGGCACCGUUGCGCUGGUAUGAUAAACCUCGGCCGGUGCGUUCAGUUAGCACGGGGAAUUCAUAUAUGCACGUUGCUUCGCGGCUACCCCAGGGUGCUCUACAACACAAGCGGCCCCUGAAAACGCGAUCGCCUGCAGCUUUGCUGGAGAAGAAUACUGAAGAAAGAAAAGCAUUCCGGCCUACGGCUGUGAACUGGGCCACGUCCCCGCGCCACAUCAGCGAGCCAGUGACCGAGCCUGUUGCAUCGGCGAGGUCUGAGGACUCGCAAGACACCCUCAACUCCGCUGUCACUCCUUUACUGGAGGACAUUGUCGAGGACUGCCCGGAGUUGGGACUACCCAGGCAGUUGGGAGCGGGUAGUCUCUGCGCUGUAGACUGGAAUGCCAACAUGCCGCAGCCUCUUGUGCGCUUUACCUCCACUAGAGUCGUUGAAGCAUUGCCGCCCUCUCCACGGGCUAGUAAUUCGGAUGGAGAGACGCCACAGUCGGGUGGUUCUGGAAGGAGUGUUUCGGCAAGUCAAGGAAGCCCCGUAACCCAUGAAGAUCCGCAGUCGGUAGAUCGCGAGGCACAACUACCAGCCUUGACGAAAGCUCCAUCUCCACUUCCAGGAAGCAGGAGACGACUGGCUGCAGAGCCUAAAGCUCCAACUGCCAGGAGGCAUACAGUUGCCACCGUUGUUGCCUCUGCACAACAUAGUACGGAGGAGGAUAGGCCUAUGCCAGGAGGCAUACAGUUGCCACCGUUGUUGCCUCUGCACAACAUAGUACGGAGGAGGAUAGGCCUAUUCGACAUUCGGGGGGAAGCCUAG